AUGUACCAUCAAAUUGCAAACCAAAUAUCGACGAGAGCUUCAGGCAAUGAGGUAGCAGCCCAAGAUCUCUAUGGGCUAGGUGUCCGUCUCGGGAUUUACCUCCAAGCAAUCGGCAUGUGUCUCUCUGUCCUCCGACUCCAAGCCAACUCCUUCAAAAUCACAUGUUCGGGGCUUAUGGUCGCCAUCCUAGUCUGUUGGACUCGCCUGGUUGUUGAGAAGGAAAUCUCGCCCGCCGAGGCAUUUCUCAUCAUUCUUCUUACAUCAGUGCUCAGUUAUCCUGCUCUAAGUUCCAUCUUAUGCCCCAACGCUCUUGUUGGGGAAAGCCUUGGCAUUAUCACGACCUGCGUUGCAAAUAUAUGGCAUGGGAUUGCACUGAUCGUAUUCUGGGCCGUCUUAUACAAUAAACUGCCAGCACUCGGAACUCCAAACAAGGUGUUUCUAUUUGCGUCCUGGAGAAUGGAUGGAGGGUUUCGGAUAUUCGCACUCAUCUUCUCCGUUAUUAAUUUCAAUGUCAUCAUGGGUACUGUAGCAAUGUCGGCAAUCCUGCUGCGCAUGUCUUUCUUGAAUUGGAAGUAUGAAACGAACGAUUCUUUAGGAUACAGGUGGACAGGGCGGUUCGAAGGAGCUGCGCGUAUCUCUGCAGCGGCUUCAAUCAUCCCCAUUGUCAUCUUCAUCGUAUCUAUUGAGAUGGACAUCAAAGCGAACGAUCUAACGCCCACCCAACAACUCUCUCAACCGGGGCAAGCUCUCCCUCUUGCUAUCGGGGCCAUUACCUUCCUGGAUUGCUUUCUGGCUCUGGUUGGCACUCCGAAUGAUGAUGAUGGCUUGGAAUGGGUCAAGGACAAAAUGUAUGACAUAUCUCUCCGUUGGUAG